CGCUUUUGCGGCCUCGUACUCACAAGUGUGCUACUUGCCGCUAUGAACAACAAGCAUACGCUGCCUCGCUACGGCGAUUGGCCACAGGAUAUACCAUUCUCUCCAGCAGUUCGCAAUCGGAAUCCUUACGGUUUCGCCACCAGUAACCUGCUAUGGAUUUGGACUCUUCUUCCAACUCGUCUACGCAUCUGGAUCUACUGGAAAGCGUUGGCACUCAGUACAAAGUUUCGGUACGGACCUGAGACGGGGACCCAAUCGGUUCGGAAAAUCUUUCCUGGUCUUUAUCUAAAGGUCAAAGAUGAGAAUUCGAAUGAAGCCGCCGUUCUUCGCUGGCUGGCACGUAAUACCGACAUUCCAGCGCCAAGGGUCAUCGAUUGUGUGCGAACGUACACUAAUUCCCAUUCCGGUGGGAGUCAUUGUCAAAUUGACCUUAUGUUAAUUACUGAAGUCCCUGGUCGCACAAUCAUGGACGUCGGGGAGAAUAAUCUUUCUGACGCAGAUGUGGUAAAGAUUGCGCGGGAUCUCAAGUACUACUUUGAUCAACUACGGUCCAUUCCCAGUCCUUGGGGCAGCAAAAUAUGCUCCCUCGCCGGUGGCCAUCUCCAGUCCUAUCGCUUCCGUCGCUUUUCAUGCGGCCCUUUCAUUGACGAAAAUGAGUUCAACGACUUUGUCCUUAAUGAAGGUUCCGCAAUUAUUCAGUACCCGGAUCAGAAGGAGAUCGUCACCAAACGACUCGCCAAGCCUCACUCUGUCUGCUUUGCGCAUGGUGAUUUGGCCCAAGCAAACAUACUCAUCUGCGGAGGGAGGGUCACUGGCAUAGUUGACUGGGAAACGAGCGGCUUUUGGCCCGAAUAUUGGGACUACGCUCGUGCCAUUUUCCCAUCACGCUACUUUGCGACAGUGUGGCAAGAGAUGGUCAGAAGUUUUCUGCCUGAUUAUCACGAGGAAUAUGAGGUGGAUCUACUACUGUGGCCACUAUCUUUGUAAACGUCGUCUCAAGUAUGUUCAAGGCAUUUGUUGGUUUAGACUAGGCUACAAUUAUCAAACAGUGCAGGACGUUCUGCAGCGAUGAAUACGGAGUUGAAUCGACGAGUGUGGAAAUGAGUCAGUCGGGGAGUGGAAGUAUUGAUAGCAUGAGCUGAAUGAUUAUCAGUCUGAGGAUUCCACCUCAAUGUAAGCAUAACAUACCGUGUAAUGCUCCGCGCUACAUUGCGAAAAUGUCAGAGCUCCCAGAGAUCCCAUAGCGCAGUCCUUUUUCCACAUCCUCUCUAAUAUUCAGAGUCACAUCAUCAAUUUCUUUGACC